CUCUCUCUCUCCCACUCCUCUCUCCUGUUCGCUCCUGUUGCCACACCACCACCCAACCCAGCGACCACCCUCCAGCCGUUGUCAACGCCAUUUCCGAAAACCCCGGCGACCACAAGGACGCUGCCCACGAUUGAAACAGGGUAACAAUAUCCUGUAGUCCACUGAGUCGGUAAAAAUAAAUUUCUUGUUCGCGGGAAAUGCCUUCAAAGUGUUCGGUGAAAUGCCUCACUGAAAUACUAGCAGAUGAAACAGUGAAGCAUGGAUGCACAAGGAAAGUCUGAAUAGAAGCCCCCCACUCCAUGAAGUUACAAGCAUCGUACCCCGUCAUUGGUUCGUGAAGUGCGUCAAAAGCUAUCAAAUUCAUCGGCAUCCUUAGGUACUACAUAUUCAAUUACGAUCGAAUGCCACACCAAAGUACAAGUUUCUAAAAAGUGAAAUACGAAUACCGCAUUUGGGUUUCGAUGUUUCAGUGUCAGUUUCUGGGAAAGUAAUGGCAUUAAGGAAUUUGCAAAAUCUCAUUCAUUGCACAAAAUAUGUUAGAAGACGAAACAUGGCUGUGCGAAAAAACUUGGUGCUUUAUCAUUGCUCCGAAGAAUCCCGUGAAGGGAACUUACCUUCUGAAUGGUACGAGCAGACAUUUCCAAAGCUAAUAGAAUUAACCCACUUGCUGAAAAAUGUGGAUUCAGUUGAUGGAAGGCUCAUAAACAUCGACGACCAUUCGAUAGUAAUUGAGGACUCUCUCCAACAAAGCAUGCAUACUUUCAAGUCACUAGCCAGGGCGUUUCUUGGCUCUCCAACAGUGCAACAAGCGUUAACAACCCAAACCGCUAUACCUCGUCUUUGUUUCACUAAACCAUAUGAAAGAGGCCCCAUGACUAUAAGUUCCCUCACCAAAGUGUGCAACUUCUUGAAUAUAUCAGCUCAGCAGAGGAAGUUAAUCCGUUUGGCGAUAUGCCCACAAGUGACCCAGCACCAGAUAUGGACCGGCACCCUCGAAGAAAUACUCACAGGGUUGAAAUCGGAAAUCAAACUUUUGGGUCAUCAUACUCCAAACAAAGGGAUAUAUAUGGGACAACAAAUUGUUCAUAGCUGUCUAAAGUUCUUAGAUGCUGCUGUUACCUAUGACCCCAACUCUACUUCUUGGAUGCGCCUUUCACCUUCAAAAGUCAGUGGUUCACCAGUUUCCCAUAAAUGGGAAAAUAUUCUUGAGAUGUUCAAUGACCUAAUGAAUUGCUUGAGGAAAGAAAAGGAAAAGCUUUUUCAUUUCCCAAAGCUCGAGGUGAUGAAAGAAGGGCUUCUGCAGAUUAAAGAUGUGGUAGUAGAUAAGAAUAUCAGAUACAGGGAGACUCGACAUCAAGAGAGUUUGGUUCAGAAGAAGCUAACAAAGACAUUGGGUCACUCAUCGCGAUGCUUGUUCACGCUUCUAAUGUUCUAUCUCUACGGCAGCGUUGUAGAUGUUGAAGUCGAUAUAUGUGGGGGGAUAUAUGAGAAUGGUGGGAAGGAUAGGUUUUGCUUGUGUAUGGGGAAAUUUUUGACGUCGGGUGAAGAGAAAACGGUUCAAAGUGGGGUGAAACAAUUGGAUAGGGCUCUAGGGCUAUUCAAGUAUGUGUGGGAAACUGCCGGUAUGAAAGGAGAUUUGGAGCUUCAAGGCCAUUUGUGGUGUGUUGGAGCCGAGGAGACAUCAGUUGCGUACAGAGGAAAUAGGUUCUUCAUUCAUGGGAUCAGAUUCUGACUUAAAGGGGUUAUCAGUGGUGAGUUCACCAGUUGUCGCAUGAAAGUCCAAAUCAAGGCAUGUUUGUUGAACUAUUUUUACUUGGUGUUUUUAGACUUCACGCAGAAUGCAACAGUUGUUGUGUCUUUCCUCUCAUUUAUGCAAAUGUUGCAUCUAUGUUCAUUGGACUUAGGCACAGAUUUUGGAUGCGUAUACGUUUUUAAGUAUUGGGUUCAUCUAGUUAACAUAUAUAUAAGAAA